CAGAGUAAAAUAUUUUCGCAUUAUUCCUUCAUAUCUUCAGCGUUCAUAUCCGUGGUUAUUGUUCUCUAGUGAUGUCGUCGGCCGGUGAAGGUGAGGCUACGACGGUGGCGGUGGAGCAACCGCCGGCUGAGGCUCCAGUGGCGGAGAAGCCUGCUCAGCCCGAGAAGCCUGUGAAGGAGAAGAAGGUGAAGGCUCCCAAGGAGAAGAAGGCGAAGGCGUCCAAGGCUUCUCAUCCGGCUCAUCCUCCUUACUUCCAGAUGAUCAAGGAAGCGUUGUUGGCUCUGCACGAGAAGAGCGGAUCAAGCCCUUACGCCAUUGCCAAGUAUAUGGAAGAAAAGCACAAGGCUGUUCUUCCAGCAAAUUUCAGGAAAAUAUUGGCCCUCCAGUUGAAAAACUGUGUGGCUAAGGGCAAACUGAUCAAAAUUAAAGCUUCUUUCAAGUUAUCUGAGUCGGGUAAAAAGGAAAAGGUUGUGAAGGGCUCUAAAGUUGCUGCAGAGAAGAAAUCCAAGAAGCCCAAAACCGCUUCUGCCGCUCCGAAGGCAAAAUCCGUAAAAAAAUCUGAUACUACACCAAAGAAGGCCGCCAAGCCCGCGAAGAAGGUUGGUGUGAAGAAGGCAAAGAAGGCAAAGAAGGCAACUCCGGCGAGGCCGAAGCAACCCAAAUCGAUCAAGUCCCCGGCUGCGAAGAAAUCUAGGAAGGCCGCCGCCUGAUUGAACAUGGUAGAAAUGAUGCCUCUUUUCUUGUUUUCUUAUUUGGUUCCUGUAAAUACAUGGAACGAUCAACCAAAUCUCCUUUCUGGGCUUAGGAGUUGGUUCAGUUUGCAAAUUUAGGGUUAAUGAAUGUAAAUAUUUAGCUUUUCUCCGCGCUUUGGUAAGUCUUGUUGUGGCGGUUUUCUUC